ACUUGCCACCGUGAUUGUUGGUGGUGUGUACUGAAGAGACUUCCCAACACGCAACCACCCCCAUGGAAUCAGUAACAUGGGGUAACCCUCUCUCAUUUUCCAUUUUCAAUUCCCAUUCACGCCAUCUCACACAAUACAAAUUUAUGGCCUUUUCAACUCUCCAAACCUUCCCAGUACCUUCCUUUUCUUUUACUUUUUCUUCUUCUUCUUCUUCUUCUUCUUCCCACCUCAAACCCUCUUCUUCCUUUCCAAAACCCACUACUCUACUUCACAACUCUCGUCCUCUUCGCUCUUUCCCUCGCGCCAUGCACGUCUCGUCCAUCCAAGAUGCCAUUGGAGGGGCAAUUUCCCUCGUCCAAUCGUCUCCCGCCACAUGGCACUCUGCGCUUUUCAGCAAUGCCAUGAUAUUUCUUUUGGGUUCUCCGAUUUUGGUCACUGGGCUGUCUCUCUCCGGCAUCGUUGCCGCUUUUCUGCUCGGAACGCUUACUUGGCGCGCGUUUGGCCCCCCUGGGUUCUUUCUUGUUGCUGUAUACUUUGUUAUUGGUACAGCUGCUACAAAGGUCAAAAUGGCGCAGAAAGUGGCUCAGGGGGUUGCUGAGAAAAGAAGAGGAAGAAGGGGUCCCGGUAGUGUUAUUGGAUCUAGUGCUGCUGGUUGCAUUUGCGCUUUCCUUACUAUUUUUGGUGUUGGGGGAGAGACAUUUUCUCGGCUUUGGAGGCUCGGUUUUGUUGCCAGUUUCUGUACCAAGUUGAGUGACACUGUCUCAAGUGAGAUUGGGAAGGCAUAUGGAAAAACAACGUACCUAGUUACGACAUUUAAGGUAGUUCCAAGAGGCACAGAAGGGGCUGUUAGCGUUGAAGGAACCUUGGCAGGAAUUGUAGCUUCCGUAGUUCUUGCUUUUAUCAGUUUUCUCGUGGGUGAGGUUGGUUCACAUGAAGCAAUUAUAUGUGUACUAGCUGCUCAGAUUGCUAAUCUUGGCGAGAGUGUAAUUGGUGCUGCACUUCAAGAGAAGGAAGGAUUUAAAUGGCUCAACAAUGACGCAGUCAAUGUCAUCAAUAUAUUAAUGGGCAGCAUCAUAGCCGUCUUCAUGCAGCAAGCACUCCAGAUCUGGUGUUCUUAAAGUUGAUGAGUUUUUGAGAAGCUCAAUCACAUUAACAUGGACAGAAGACUGUCCUUCUGAUCAGUGGUCAUACUCAGAUGACUUUGGUUAUUACAAAGCUUAAUAGCAGUGGCAAUUGAACCAGGAAACUCAAUUAAGCUGUUGCCACGAUUCAAGUCAAGUCUAAUGUACGAGAAGCUGUGGUUCUUUCAAAAUGUAGGUGUGAACUUCCUUUUCUUGAUCCAGCUUACUAUCAAGAAAUUUAACCGUUCUCUCUUGAAUAUUUCUGUCUUUUAUAGCGCUCAUUUUGGAGCAUUUCAAAUACAGUCCUUGGUUGAGUAGUUUAGACUUUAGUUGUAUAGGUAAUUUCGGAGAUGGACUCUUCUACUUUAUCAAGAGCCUCAGGAUGUCACACAUUGCAUUCUUGUGUGCAAUAUUUCUUUUAAUGCUGAGUUAUACUAACUAAGUGCACGUUGUGUGCAUUACCUCCACCAACACUGCUAUUUAAGAGUUGAAUUAUCUUCUCUUGCUAUA